AUGUUAACAGAUAUUAUUCGCAAACUUGAAGACGACCAUGGUGAGGCAAAAAACCGAUUUGUUAAGUUUCUCCGUCAUCAAUAUGCUGGUAACGAUGCACAGUUAAAAAUCAUUGAUGAAUUCGAACGAGAUUACUAUUUGCAUUCGCCUGUUUGGUGGUAUACUCGGGAUAUCUUUAUGUAUUCAAUGAUUAAUCAAGCGUUACGAACACAAGAUAUUGAAAUAUUAAUGAAAAUGGGAUUCUUUAUUAGAGAUCUACAUCUUCAAAUUGAACAACUGUAUAUUCAACAAUUCAAAAAUAAAGAAACAUUCAUUGUUUACCGAGGACAACGUUUGUCGACCGAUGAUUUCACGAAAGUUCGCAACAAUAUUGGUGGUCUAUUAUCAUUCAACAAUUUUAUGUCCACUAGUGUUCAAGAGAACGUUGGUUCUUCAAUCUAUGCGGACAGUGCUCGUCAAGAUCCAAAUACAAUUGCAAUUUUUUUUCGUAUGCGAAUUGAUUCAGCUGUUACAUCGGUUCCGUUCGCAUCGGUGAAUGAUACCAGCUAUUUUGGAAAUGCAGAGGAUGAAAUUCUUUUCUCAAUGCAUACUAUCUUCCGAAUCGACGAUGUUAAAUUCCUGGCUGAUCGACUUUGGGAAGUACAACUCUCAUCUACCAGUGACAACGAUCAACAACUGAAACAUCUCACACAAACAAUUGAAAAAGAAAUUCAAGGUGGAAUUGGAUGGCAUCGAUUAGGUAGAUUAUUGAUCAAAUUAGCUAAAUAUGAAGAAGCCGAAGAAAUCUACAAAGAGCUACUCGAUUGGACACCCGUUACUAAUUAUGGAGAGAUUUCAACCUAUUAUAUUCAACUAGCAUAUAUCAGCGGUGAGAACAGUAAUCUGAUGAACGCAUUAGAAUAUUACUUAAAAGCGCAGAGAAUUCUCCAACAGUUUCUUCCUCCAGAUGAUCCACGUGUAACUAUUGUCGAAAACAAUAUUGGUGGAGUGUACCAAUCAAUGGGUGAUUAUUCAAAGGCACUCUUGUCUAUGCAAAAAGUACUUCGAGUUCGUGAGGAAUCUUUAUCUUCGGAUGAUUUACAAUUAGCUUCAACUUACAAUAAUAUGGGCGAAAUCUAUCGAUCAAUGAAAGAUUAUUCAAAUGCCUCAUCUUUUUACGAAAAGGCACUUCAGAUAUUUCAAGAAAAAUUACCCUCUAUACAUCCGACAUUAGCGAUUUGCUACAAUAAUAUUGCUGAUGUUUAUCAUUGCAUGGGAAAAUUGUCCAGUGCACUUUUCUUCUGUGAAAAAGUACUUGAGAUACAACAACGAUCGCUUCCUUCAGAUCAUCCAGAUUUAGCAAUCACUUAUAAUAAUUUGGGAAGAAUACAUCAGUCAAAAGGUGAUCCAUUAACUGCGAUUUCAUUCUAUCAGAAGACGACUGAAAUUCGAAAGAAACGCUUGUCUGAGAAUCACUUAGAUAUGGCUCUUACUUAUAAUCAUAUAGGUCUACUUUAUCAGUCUAUAGGAGAUUAUAAUAAUGCCAUCAGUUUUCAAAGCAAGACACUCGAAAUUCAAGAGAAAAACUUGAUUUCUACUCAUCCUAAUCUAGCUGAUGCGUACAGAAAUUUAGCUAAAUCAUAUCAAUCAAUGGGUGAUUACAUCAAAGCAUUGCCAUUGUAUCAGAAAGUCAUUGAUAUUGGCGAACAAUCUCCGUCUGAAAAUUAUCUAUCACUGUCUUUUACCUAUAAUAACAUGGGUCAAAUGUAUCAUAGUUCCAAAGAUUAUACACAGGCGCUACUUUGUUACCAAAAAGCACUAGAAGUUAGCGUAAAAUACCUGUCUGAAAACCAUUCAUUAAUAGCUGUCACUUAUUUUAAUCAAGCCAAGGCAUUGGAAGAUCUUGGACAACAUCAGGCAGCCAUCAAGAAUUACGAACGUGCAAUCGACAUCGGUCGACAUUCCUUCGAACCAAAUGACCAUCGCAUGCUUCUGUUCCGAACUAGUUUGGAGACCAUUCAUCAAAAUCUGCGAGAUCAAUAA